AUGCCGCCCGCCGCGCUCUGGCGCUCGCUGCGCGCCCACCAGGUCUACGGCGCCAACACCGACGUCGGCAAGACGAUCGUCUCGACGCUGCUGUGCAAUGCGCUGCAGGGGUCUGUCGGCUUCAUAAAGCCCGUGUCAACGGGGCCAUUGGAUGAGGCUGAUGAUCGACACAUCCAGCGCUACGCACCACACACCCUCACGAAAUGUCUCUUCCAAUUCGACGAGCCGGUUAGCCCGCACAUCGCCGCUGCGCAGAAGAGCGUCCCUCCUCCAUCCGACACCGCCCUCCUAACCGCCAUCCACGAAACCCUGACCACCUGGGCUCAGCCUUCCCCCCAAGAGCAAGCACGCAAGCACGCUCUCCUCGAAACAGCAGGCGGCGUGCACUCGCCCGGCCCCAACGGCACCAGCCAAGCAGACCUGUACCGCCCGCUCCGACUCCCCGUGAUCCUGAUCGCAGACGCGAGGCUAGGCGGCAUCUCGGCGUCCAUCUCGGCCUACGAGUCGCUGGUCCUGCGCGGGUAUGACGUCCACGCCGUGCUGCUGUUCAAAGACGACUACUACCAGAACCACGCGUACCUGCGCAGCUUCUUCGCGAAAAAGGCCAUCCCGCUGGUCGCGGUGCCGGCGCCGCCGGCCCGAGUGGCUGCGCCGGAGGAGGACGGCGAGGCGAUGAGCGCGUACUAUGCGCGGGCGCGGCGGGAGGGCGUGCUGGGGGGUGUGGUUGAGCAGCUUGAGGAGAUGCAUGUUCGUCGGUGGGAGCGGCUGGAUGCCAUGGCGGAGAAGGCGGAGCGCGUCAUCUGGUAUCCGUUUACUCAGCACUUGGGCUUGAAGGCGGGGGAUAUCACGGUUGUGGAUUCGGCGUGUGGGGAUUUCUUUCAGAGUCGAUCUUCUCGAAAAGAUGGGGAUGGGGAUACGGCCGGUCUACGCGCCACCUUCGACGGCUCCGCCUCCUGGUGGACGCAGGGCCUCGGCCACGGCAACCCCGAUCUGGCCCUGUCCGCGGCCUACGCCGCCGGCCGCUACGGCCAUGUCAUGUUCCCUGGCAAUAUCCAUGAGCCGGCGCUGGCGCUGGCCGAGACCCUGCUCGAGAGUCAGGCGAACCCGCGACUCCAGCGCGUCUUCUACACCGAUAAUGGCAGUACCGGUAUGGAGGUCGCCGUCAAGAUGGGCUUGCGGGCUGCAUGUGCGCGGUACGGUUGGGAUGCGGGCCGUGAGACUGUUCGCAUCCUCGGGCUGAAGGGCAGCUAUCAUGGUGAUACGAUCGGGGUUAUGGAUUGCUCGGAGCCGUCGACGUUCAACAAGAAGGUCGAGUGGUACCGUGGUCGUGGCUUCUGGUUUGAUUUCCCCCAGGUGCGCAUGAAGGACGGCGUGUGGAGGGUUGCUAUGCCCCAGGAGACGGCGCUGGCAGAGGAGAUGGACGAGCUGCGCUUUGGCGAGUUGACGGACGUGUUUGAUCUCGAGGCCAGACUGGACUCGGAGGCUGGCAGGCGCUAUCGCGAGUAUAUUCGCCGCACCAUUGAGCGGCUGGUGCAGGAGGAGGGCGUCAAGUUUGGCGCGCUAAUCAUGGAGCCUGUUAUCCUGGGUGCUGGGGGCAUGUUGUUCUGUGACCCCCUGUUCCAGCGCUGUCUGGCCGACGUUGUCCGCCAAACCCCAGAACUCUUCGCCCCCCAGACUACUCCCGCCGGAGAAAACGACUGGUCGGGCCUGCCCAUCAUCUUCGACGAGGUCUUCACCGGGCUGUACCGUCUAGGCCGCCGAUCGGCCGCCUCCUUCCUGCAGGUGCACCCCGACAUCGCCGUGAACGCCAAGCUGCUGACGGGCGGGCUGGUGCCGCUGUGCACCACGCUGGCCAGCGAGGCGAUCUUCCAGGCGUUUUUGAGUCCGGACAAGAGCGACGCGCUGCUACACGGCCACAGCUACACGGCGCACGCGGUCGGCUGCCAGGUGGCGGUCGACUCGCUGCGGACGAUGAUGCGGAUGGAGCGCGAGGGGUCGUGGCAGGGCUUCCAACGCGAUUGGGCGGUGGCGGCGGCGGCUCCUGCAGCUGCAGCUCCGGCGGGUCCUCUAACCUGGAGCGUCUGGUCGCACGGGCUGGUGCGGGAUCUGUCGCAGGCGGCCUCGGUUGAGGGCGUGUUUGCGCUGGGCACCGUGCUGAGCAUCGCGCUCCACGAUCAGCACGGCACCGGUGGCUACACGUCCACGGCGGCCCAGGGGCUGCAGCACCGGCUAGCAGCGGGCGGGGACCAGUUCGCCGUGCAUUCGCGCGUGCUCGGCAAUGUGCUGUAUCUCAUGUCCAGCGUCACCUCCAAGGCCGAGUCGCUCCGGGCAAUUGAGGAGGUCUUGCGGGGGGCGUUGCUGUAG